CAGAUCGUCCGGUCGCGGGGAGGGUGAGCCGCAUGCGCAGUGCUCGUACAGGGCGGUUUUCCGUUGGGCUUCCUCGUUGCCGCCUCACGGUAGUGACACUGCCGCCUACUCCUCCCUCUGUCUAAUGUCAGGAAGACGACGAGCGGGAGUGGUCGGUGUGUCCGACAGGAGAGUGAACUGCGGGCGGAUGCUUCAUCGGAAAAAGCAGAUGACAUUAGCAACAAGAUGUGAGGUGCUUGGUCUUUAUCGAAGAAUUUUCAGAAUAGCAAGAACAUGGCAGUCACUAUCGGGACAAACAGAGGACACUUUGAAAGAAAAAGAUUACAUCAUCACAGAAGCCAGAACAUUGUUCAAAAAAAAUAAAAAUUUAACAGAUACAGAAGCAAUUAAAAUCUGCAUACAGGAAUGUCAAACAAGGAUAGAAAUGGGACUACAUUACAGAAUUCCAUAUCCCAGACCAAUACAUUUGCCUCCUAUGGGACUUGCUGAUAAAAAGGGACGUAAAUUUAAACUGCAAGAAAGGCUGAGGAAAAUUGCUAAACCAGUUUAUCUACAAUCACACGAGGAGAUGUAAUGUUUUCAAGGUGAAUAUACCUGAUCAAUUCUCCUUUUAAUCAUCCAACUGGCAAAGAGCUGCCACACCACGAUUUAUCCAAUGCUGUUCUGCUUUAUCUGAAGAAAGCUCUAUUGAAAGUACAUAAUUUGUUGAAUGGCCAGUUGUGGAUAAGAUGCUGCAUCUCAUCACCAUUCUCGGGAAAUAUUUGGACAAAUUGAAGAGGAUGGUGUAACGGACCUUCUCACUUUCCUUGGUACCUGAGGAACAGUAUUCCUCAAGAUAACAGAAGAAAAAUCAUCUUUCAAAGUCAGUAUUGCCUCUGCCAACCGUAGCGUAAUAUCCUUGAAGUUACUCCCCUCAAUCAGCACAGUUAAAACCUCUUAAGAGUACAUUGGUUAUAGAUAAAUUCAAAUAGCACGCAAGUCAGAGAUAUUUGCAUCCAUGUUAAUUAUAUUCCUGUAUGAAGAUGGGGGGUGGUGUGGAGCAGUUCCACCUGCUAGCUGGGAAACACAAGCUGUGUCUUGUCUUUGGGAAGGUCUAUCACAUGCCACUGAUGCAUUUAACUGAAAACACCAGAGAUUGAAGUCCAGCUGACUGUAAACCACUGGCCAAAGGCUAGAUACUUUUUGAUUGGCAAUGGAAGCCAUGAUUGCUGCUUUUACAAUAUCCACCCAAUGCUCCAAGAUCCUCGACUACCCAGGCCAUACGAAGGAGACAUCAAGGUGGGAUUUAUAGGCAGGAAGUCAGCAGCAACAUGGAUGUGUUGGUCUUGGCAAACCACAUCCCACUUGCCAAUAUCACAUCUUUCAGUCAUGAAGAGAGUGCCCUUCCCCUCUCCCAGAAGUACGCAAGCAAAUUUGUUUGGGUUCGUUUAUUUUCUCUGCAAACCAGCUGUCAGUCCUGCUUUUGGGUAAAUCAAACGACAGUGGCAUCAGACAUUAAAAUGGACGUUAAUUAGCAACAGGACAGGGAGGCCAUCCAUGAUACUUUCCACCAUUGACUUAAUCUGGAUGGAAGUGACAAGGUAGAGGGAUCCUUUUCUCUUGCCUAAUUAAAAGCUCCUAACCACCACCAUUGAGGAAAAUGCCAUUAUCUAUAAUGAAAGUUAACAAUCUCAAAAGCUUCUAUGUUGAGCCAAGAGGGUUAUGACUGCUCCUGUAGAUCUCACCAGGAUGUUCACAGCCUUAUUUGUUCUAGAACAUGUCCCCUCUAUUUCCUAUAAAAUCACUUACGUGCAAGUGACUGGUUGGCCAGGGCUAACCACUCUGACAAAUGUAAAUUUCUCUGAUUUUUGAACUCUACAUUCAGAAAACAAAUCAGCAUCUAAUAUUUAUAAUGACCACUGCUGUUACUGAUGAAUUAAUUCCCUAGUGUGAUUUCCCAUUGCCUUAAAAUUCCACAAUUAGCCUAUGUUCUGAACAGCUCAUCUGUAAUUUUUGAACUGAUAACUUUAACAUUUACUCAGAUUAUUUCUAUAUGUUUGUAUUGUGGAGUGCAUAUAAAGGAUAAAUGUGAAUCAAAUCGCUCUGAUUACCGUAGAACCUCUAAAAGGUUGUUUGGGUUGGUGAGGAUUCUUUACUCAUAAGGAAUGGCUGCACCUUGAUUUCAACCUUUAAUUAAUACUGCAUUAAAUUUCAGAUUGAAACUCUCCUGAAUGUAUUUUGUUAUACAGAAAACACAUUUUGUUGCACACCUGUUGAAUCUGAUAAGUUCUUGUCUGAGGACUGUAUUCAUCGACUCCUCGUACACUACCGGAUAUUUUACCAUCACGUCUUCCAAAUUAAAGUCAUCAGGUAGUUUGGACAUGAUGUCUGCAGCCAAGUCUUCAACAACCUCCUGAAAUUAUUAUACAGAUUCAUGAAAAGAAGUUUUUCUGAUUUCACUCAAUGUGACUAACAGUUUUUUUAAAACUAUUUUUGAACUUCACCAAAAGAAAACAAGAUAUUGAGGCUUUUGUCUUGCACUCAUCAGAAUUAAGGCACAUGAAACAGACUUGAGAAAAGGGACACUGUUUUUUAUCAGAAGAGAGUACUGAUUUGUUGGGCCAUUAUAGAUACUGAAAUGCAUAGGUAGGUACAUUCUGAUUAGCUAAGGCAUUGCCAUAGGGAUGUGUCACAAAGCUUUUAUUCUAAAAGCUGUUCCUUGGCACAAGGAGACUCCGUCCUUGAUUUAUUUCAGAGGUGUAAUAAACCAGGCUGGGGUCCGAUCAGACUGGUACAGAAACGAAAAGGGUUUUGAGAGGCUUUUUGUUUAUAUGUAAACAGAUGAGACUUCAGCCCAAAGUGGUCAUGUUUUAGAAGUGACCUGUAGAAUGUAAGGGGAGUGGUCAGCUCUCUAACUGAGCAGUUUUGUUCAGUCCAGAACUGAUUGGGAGUUCAACAGUGAGCCGUGCAGAAACAAUCUCUCUGUCUCUCUGCCCUUCUAACUCCAAACUGUAAUCAUCUGUUCAAUAAUUUGUAUUUGUUUCUAAGGGGGUUUGCUUAUGGGGACUGUUGUGUGUAUUCGGAACAGCAUAAUUAAGUCUAGUUUGGAUAGAAUGAGUUCUAUAAGGGAUCUUUAUUCUGUUCUUUGUGUAAUC